AAAUUGUUUAUUUUAUUUGAAAGAAACUGUCAUUAUAUCAAUGUAUUUUGUUUCGUAGGUACAGCUUCUGGACUUUUUGAGCAACAGACAGCGGUAGAGAGAUGAAUUCGAAAAACUCCGGUUCUAUUUCUCCUCGCAAAGCUGCUGCGAAUUUGAAUAGAAGUAUGCAGUCCCUCAAAGAAGGCUUUAAACCUGCACCUUCUUCAAAAGGUCAACGCUACAAGUCGACAGCUCAACCGAGCAAUUAUCAAUCCCAGUCAUUGAUCUCCAAGACGCCUGGACCGUACCGACCACGACCAGCAGUAGCAGCACGACCAACAGCACCAGCACGACCAUCAUCGACAUCUCAAUCUUUCACGCAAUUUCAACCGCGUGCAACGUCGACACAGAAGUCGAUCAACGCAGCACCAACAUCUCUGCCGCGUGUACAGCCACCUAAUCCAGGAUCAUCGUACUCACGGCUGGCCGAUGAAGCAUCAACGUCUCGUGAUCAGAGCCGCGGCCAAUCAUUAGCGAGACAAAAUGUAGUGGUGCAGCAGGAUUCUAUGGCGAUCCAACAACUCAACAGCAAAAUCGACUUUUUAAAUCGAAAAAUUGCCAAGUUGGAAGGCUCAAACAACGCUAUGGAUACCAGACUCGCCAACUUGGAGAAAACUGCCAGUGACAUCAAACAAGGCAUCAAGAGCGUGGAGCAAGUAGCUCGAUCGAUGCACGAGAUAUUGGCUAAUAUUACCAGGAAUAAUAACAGAAGGGCAACAACGCGACCUGCCUCCCUUCCUUUCAAGUCAACCGCUGACCUCGUAGCCUUUGACGAUUGCAGUGAAGAGAAAUUUCGACACCUUGUUGACUACCUCGACUACAUAAAAGGGUUGAAUCCAACGGAUACAGCAGCUAAAUUCAUCAAGAACUGCUUUAUUAUCGACGAGGACCUCUUCAGGAAUUUGACAUGGCACGGCUCCAAAACGAACGACCAUCUGAUGGCUUUGAAGAGCACAAAGUUCGCGAAAGCUUGCGCAGAAGCUAUGCCGUUAAACCCGAUCACGCUGAAGAAGCCGACGAGGAUCAGUUUUCCGUGGCCAUGACAAAGGCCCUGAAAAGUGCUAAGGAGGGUUAUAGAAGGAAGAGAAAACAGCCAACCUUCAAUGAGGAUAUCAUCGCGUUGCAACCACAACCUCGAAGGCCCUGCCAGCAACAGUGGCAGCAAC